AUGAAUAAAGAAUAAUAUGAUUAGGAGAAAUAACCUAUUCUAAUUGAAAAAGAUAAUUCAUUUGUUGAUUGGGAAACUUUAAGAAAUAAUACUAUCAGUAAGAAAAUUUAUUAUAAACAUAAUUGUAAUAGAUAAAUGAAAUACAUAGAGAUAUUGGAAGCAAAUUAAUUUAAUAGAGUAUUCUAUAUUGAUUUAUAUUGUAGAAAGUCAGAUUCGAUUUGUGCAGCGGAUGAAAAAGACAUUCAGAAAUAUUUUUAAUCGAUUGUCAUAAAAAAACGAAGAUUCUUUUGAUGAACUAAAUUUAAUAAUAAGUACAAUGUCUAGAAUGCUCAAAGAUUAUAAACUCAAUCCAGAGGAAGUUUAGCAAAACUCAAGAGUAAUAUGUUAAGAAGAUUCAAAGAAAUUCAUAGAGAACAGGAAAAGGAGUUUCAAAUUGAAAGUACUAUUUGACAGCAUAAAUAGUAAGCAAUGAACAAAAAUCUAAAAAUAUGAACUAUUUAUUUAAAGAAACAAUAAAAAACUAAAUACAACAGGAAAUUAAAGUAUAAACGAGAAUACCAGCUUAAUGACUAUUUAUCAAUUGGAAUGAAUUAGGCAUCUCAUGUACUUAAUAAGGCCUCUACAUUACAUCAGAAGCUUUAGGGUUAAGAAUAUAGAGUGGCUUCCAUCGAAAGAAAAGUCACAGACUACAUUUGUAGAAUAUUUGUUUUUGAUUAGAACAAUUUGAAGGAAUGAACUAACUGAAAAAUAGAAUACUUAACAUAAGAAUAAGAGCUAAUUAAAAUGGAUUGGUUUAAUAUCUUUACUAUUAGUGA